AUGAGCGGCACGCGACGCGACGCUCCGCCGACAUGCACCACGUCUGCUGCUGCUGCUGCUGCUGCUGCCGCUGCUGCUGCUGCUUCAAGGACCGACAACGUCGUCGAUGCGGGGCUGAAAAGCGUCAAUCAUUACAAGAGGGCGCUUCCACGAUGGCGGUAUAACCUCCGGCAGCAGGUACUGCCGUUGAUCAGGUGGGAGACACCGUAUCUGUCAUGGAUGCAGGAAAAACUUCGCACGCCGGCGCUCGACAGUUACUUUGCCAUUACGGCCAACCUGGGGACUCACACCUUUUUCAUGAUUGGAUUGCCUAUUUGUUUCUGGUGCGGAUGGGCGUCUCUUGGCAAAGGUCUGGUUCACAUGCUCGCUCUCGGCGUUUUCUGGACGGGCUUCAUCAAAGACUUUUAUUCGCUCCCUAGACCACUCUCGCCGCCGUUGCACCGAAUCACAAUGUCUGGAUCUGCUGCUCUGGAGUACGGGUUCCCGUCGACACAUAGCGCCAAUGCCGUGUCGGUCGCUGUGUAUGGCCUCUUCAGCUUGCACGACCCCGAAAACACGCUGGGCCCGACGGCCAAGGUCGUUCUGGAGUUUCUCUCGUACUUUUAUGCCGCCUCCGUCGUCUUUGGUCGACUCUACUGCGGCAUGCAUGGCUUUUUGGACGUCAUUGUUGGUUCCACCAUCGGCGCGGCCAUCGGGCUCCUUGAGUUCUACCACGGACCGACACUCGACGCCUUGAUGCAUUCCAGCUCGUGCAUGGCCCCCGUCGUAGCAGGCCUGAUUGUCAUCAUCUUUGUUCGCAUACACCCCGAGCCAGCGGACGAUUGCCCCUGCUUUGACGACAGCGUGGCGUUUGCCGGGGUGGUCAUUGGAGUCGAGUUUGGAACCUGGACGUAUGGCAAGAUCCCGUCGGAUCCCUGGGAGACUCAUGCCUACGGCAGAGGGGCCAUUGACGUGGCUGCGCUGGGACCCUGGGUCAAUGCGGCCAGAAUCGUGUUUGGCGUCUUGGUCAUUUUCGCCUGGAGGGAAACGAUGAAGCCCGCUCUUCUCAAGCUGCUGCCGCAUCUGUUCCGCCUCAUGGAAAAGUACGGCUGGGACCUGCCGCGGCGCUACUUCACCCCCGCAAGCGAGUACAAGUCGGUCCCCCCCGGAUCCCGCCUGGACACUCUGUUCCCCAAGGCCUCCGACUUCCCCCGCAUGGUGGAAGGCAUCCGGCAUCCGACGACUCGAGGACGCUCAGUCUCCAUCGGGCCCCAGAGCGCCGCAGAUGCGUACGAGGCACUUGCUUACAGGGAGCGGCGGCGGAGGGAAAGCAUCAGCAGCAACCAAAGUCCGCGGAGCAAAUCUAGCCAUCUGGAUCUACAGGGCAAGGACGAGCACCAUCCGUCUGGAGGGAGUGCCCAGACGUCGGGGCUACAGAAGCCCGACUCCCACGGGGUCGAGCAGGGUGACGGCGACGCGUCGGCGGGGAAGGUAGCGGAGCAGAAGGGUGCUGCCAUGCAGCAGGACGACGAGCUUGAAGAUGACGAGGCAAUGUUCUCGCGUCUGGUUCGCCCGCGCGUGAGGUAUGACGUGGAAGUUGUGACGAAGCUGGUGGUUUACACAGGCAUUGCGUGGUUCGCCACGGCGCAAAUCCCCAUCAUGUUUGAGUAUGUCGGUCUUGGGACGAACCACCUGGCGGUGCAGCUGGCAUGA